UUACCUGAACCAGCUGGACAGGAUCACGGCCCCCGGUUACCUCCCCAACGAGCAGGACGUGCUGCGAUCCCGAGUGAAGACCACGGGCAUCAUCGAGACCAAGUUCUCCGUCAAAGACCUGAAUUUCAGGUGGAACCGCAUGCACGAAUCCCUGCACCUCUUCAACAGUAUAUGCAACCACAAGUUCUUCGCCGCCACGUCCAUCAUCCUCUUCCUCAACAAGAAGGACCUUUUCGAGGAGAAGAUCAAGAAAGUCCACCUCAGCAUUUGCUUCCCAGAGUACGACGGCCCCAACACGUUCGAAGACGCCGGGAAUUACAUCAAGACCCAGUUCCUGGAUCUCAACAUGCGAAAGGACGUCAAGGAGAUCUACAGCCACAUGACCUGUGCCACAGACACGCAGAACGUCAAAUUCGUCUUCGACGCCGUCACGGAUGUCAUCAUCAAAGAGAACCUCAAGGACUGCGGGCUCUUCUGA